UUCAGGUUCAGGUACGACGGAGGUAUGAGCCUCUUCCUUGUCUCAACCCGGCCUUCCUUUCCUCUCUUCACCUGCCACGCUACCGCUGCCUUGCCCACUCACCCUUCGUCGCCGCCUCCUUCUUCUCUAACCUUGCCGUUAAGCUCUAGUACAUCCUCACAGCCUUCGCUCACUUGUGCUCUUCACUGCCCGCACUUUCAAUCUUGCUCAGGGUGCACGCACGAGCUCAAUCUCCAUCAUCCCAUUAUUGUCGACGAAGCCGCCAAUUUCUUUGAAAAAUAUGGAGUUUCGGAUUUCACAUUUGAUAGUUGCAAGCUGUGGGGUUGGAGAUGCCGUGCAAAACUGGCCGUGCGCGGUUCAUCAACGAACCCUCUCAUCGGACUUUAUGAGGAGGGUACUCAUAACGUAGUUGACAUUCCGGAUUGCAAAGCUCAUCAUCCUAAUAUUAAUGCUGCCGUGGACCUGCUUAAACGAGGUAUUACUGAGGUGGAAGUUCAGCCAUAUGAUGAAGAUGAGGGUACUGGCGAUUUACGAUACGUUCAGAUGGCCGUUACAACUUACAACACAUCUCUUCCUGCCGCAGAAAGAUAUAAGAACGGAAAAGUACAGGUCACUUUAGUUUGGAAUUCAAGAAACGAAAAUUCACCCAGGUCGGACAAACUGACUGCAUUGGCAAAUUUUCUAUGGAGAAAUGGUGGGCCAAGGAGCAGUUUCCAUUUAAUUCACUCUGUGUGGGCCAAUUUCCAGACUUCCACAAACAAUAUCAUUUUUGGGAAUAGAUGGAGACAUCUUCUUGGAGAAAGAGAUUUUUGGGAACAUGUUGGUGGCAUUGAUGUGUCCUUGGCUCCUUCCAGUUUUGGCCAGGCAAACACACGGGCUUUCAAUAUCUUGCUUAAGAAGUUGCAGAAGUAUGUUCCAUAUGGAUCAUCUGUUGCGGAUUUAUAUGCUGGGGCUGGGGUCAUUGGUUUGUCAUUAGCGGCUACUAGGAAGUGCAGAUCUGUAAAAUGCAUUGAGAUUAACAAAGAGUCAAAACUGUCUUUCGAGAAGACGGUUGAUCGCUUGCCUGCAACCAUUGAGAGUAGCAUUACUUGGCAUCAUGCUGAUGCUUCAAAAGAACCUCUUUCUUGGCUUGUGGGCUCAGAUGUUGUUGUCAUUGAUCCUCCCAGGAAAGGACUAGACGCAUCUCUUGUUGAUACAUUGCAAAAUAUAUCAUCAAUAGAGCGUAGAGUGCUGUCAUCAUCCGAAAGCUCGAGCUCAAGAGUCAAGGAAGAGAAAAGACCUUGGGUUUUGCGUGCUAAGGAAGCUUCGGUCCAGGUUGGAAACAAGGCACCAGAGGAUAACACCACACAGUCACUGCCACAAACCCUCAUAUAUAUAAGUUGUGGAUGGGAAAGCUUCAAAGAGGACUGCAAGGCAUUGUUGUCUAGUAAGGCGUGGCACUUGGAGAAAGCCCAUGGUUUUAAUUUUUUUCCUGGCACCCAAAGCAUUGAAGUUUUAGCAGUAUUCAAGAGGGGCCAUCGGAAAGCAAAAUCAGGAAAAAAGAAAAAGAAGCGAUUGUAAGAAUCAGCGGGACAUGACAUAAGCUUGUGCUUCAACUGGACCUGUGGUUGCGUUCUCAACUGUGAGUCAGCAAGGUUCGUUUCCAUGAAAUGAACAAAUUACAAGUGUAGUUGCAAUCUGGAAGGGAAAGAUACAAGUGUAGUUGCAAUCUGGAAGGGAAAGCUGUUAUGAGCUUUUCCUUUGUCUCGUGUCGAUGCUGGUAGAAAAGGCCGUUUUGUUUUCAAAGGAAUAGUAUAAAGUUACACGCCGCUGUUGUAUGUUAUUAUCCGUCUCUCAGUUCAGAUCAAGUAAUGCCAAACUGGGGGAAACCCUUGAAGAUGUAUUCCUGAGAAAGCUGAUUUUUCAGUUCAUUGAUUGGAUGAUUUUCCACUCCUGUUUU